AUGUGUCACUUCGUUUUAAAUCGACGGAAACCCUCCAACGGUGAAGUCGAGAAGCUGUUAGUUGAUGACUUUGGUUUUGUUACGGAGCAGUUGACAAAUGACAUAUCUGAUAAGCAACUUCAAGCCCUUGUGGGUAACCCACUACUGGAUGAAUUAGGCGUGGUCUCCGUUGAACCCAUUGAAGCUGUUAAAAAGCUGUCUCAAGGUGAGCGCUGCAACAUUGAUCACGAAAAGCGGCAACAUGAUCGACUUCACCGAAUACGCAAGUACUGCAACGAUUCUCGAAACAACAAGAACAUCUUCCACGAACUUCCAAAUCGAAACCAUUUCAACUUUGUUGUCAGCGAGAAGCACAAAUUCAUCAUAUGCUAUGUACCAAAAACUGGAUCAAGUCAAUGGAAAGAUCUGCUACUUAACAUCCUCGCAACACACCCGGUGACACCAAAUCAUGACAUCUCAUUGUUUGAUUACACCAUCUUUAAAUUUUUGAAUAGCUAUCCAUCGGACCAGAGACAACGUAUGCUGGAUUCUUACCAAACGUUCUUCUUCGUACGGGAGCCUUUUGAAAGGCUGUUGUCGGCUUACAGGGAUAAAUUUGCGGGAAAAACGACUUCUUUGUAUGAAGAAAUGGGGAAGAAAAUUGUUCGUGAAGUUCGCGGUGAUUCCAUGGGAAAGAGUUCUGGUGAGAGACCUACAUUUGAUGAGUUCACUUCUUACGUUGAUCGGCUGUCCGAUCCGUCCACAUGGGACAUGCAUUGGCGACCAUCACACCAAACUUGCUAUCCUUGUGCUAUUAAUUAUGACUACGUGGGUUACUUUGAAACCAUCAAAGAAGAUGCAGAUUACAUUUUAAAAAGACUGGGCUUGGACAAGGAAGUAGAAUUUCCUCCGUUUAAAUCAGGGACUCCAAAACGUCUGGAGACUCACUAUUCUCAGAUUCCUCUCGACCGUAUCAUCAGACUUGCUGAGAUUUACCGCGUAGACUUCGAAAUGUUUGGUUUCAAGUACCCAGACUCCAUCAAAAAGCUCUUUAAGGACUGGGUUUGAAAUUUUGUCAUGGAAAUCAUUAAAUGAAUGCAGUACCAUGUCGGGGGCAGCGCAUCAUCUUGAAUCGGACGCAACUGUGUUUAUCUGAUGUAAAAAUUUCAAAGGAUCGUGUGUUUAUCAGCGUUGUUUUUUUGAAAAAACUGUUUCCAAUUCAGGUGAAGUGCCCCAAAGUGGCCAAACAAGGGCAGAGUUGGCGUUUUAAAAGAUCAACACGUAGGCGGAGUUUUUCUUUCAGUAAACACCUUUUAAUACAGCAUUGAAGCAGCACCUGUGUGUUACGAGGAAGGAUUUUUAACAUAACUCGAGGCCAAGCUGACAAAAUUACAACGUCUCUUCAGUUCAAGUAAAAAUAAGGAGUAACGCAUUUAGCUUUUAAAAUAAUCGAUGGUUCAUGUUGCCCACUGCAAGUUUCUCCAAUUACGACAUUUAUUCAAGGAAAGUAGUAAAAAUUCUUAAAUAACAUUAAACAGCAUAUGGUUUAUGAUAUUUUUCAAUGAUAAAGAUUUGUUCGCUUAUAAAUAGUUUAAUCACUUCGAUUUGAAUAUUCUUGAAUUUUGAAUCUUAAAGAAAUGUUUUCUCUUGAUAUGAUUUAUAGGACUCAAAAUUAAAUGUCGUGAUGUGAUAUAUAAAUCGUGAAAAUUGUUGAAAAACGGUGCCUUGUAACAAGAUAUGUUGGUUUUAAAAAGCUUUUUGGAAUA